AUGAGGACACUGGCCAUUGUGGGCGUGGGGCAAGUCGUCUCGGAAGUAGAGGAAGGCGAGCUUUCGCUCAGUAUUAUCCGCACAAGCGCAAAGUUUUGCAGAAGCCAGAAAUUUGUGUCGAAAAUCAAUCACAUUCGCGGAUUCUACUUCAGGUUAGGCACUGGCAAUUUAGAAAACGCAACCAUAAAACCUGGAGAAGAUGAGGAAUACCUACCUGGAGAGAAAAGGGGGGCGGAGCGAGCAGGGCAAGGGCAGCAACAACCAGACGAACCGGUGGUUUCUAGCGCCGAGGAUCCGUGCUGUCUUCGCAAUGCCGGCGGACUUUCGCACUCAACAUCUCUCUAUGACUUUGCAGAUGAGCUGAUGCAAAACAUGACUUGUAUGGAUGAAGACUUGUCGACUUCGCUUGAUCAGCAGACUUUGAACAUGCUAAAAGAGGUUGCAAUCCAGAAAGUGCAAAAACUAAUGGUCAACAACAGAUCUUCGUCGGCGUUUCAAUCCGGUGGCGUCCAAAGGUAUACCGGUAAGGCGCUCUUCCGCGUAUUUAUCGCCAGCAGUGAGGAACCCAAGAGUGCCUCGCGCAGACUGCAGUGCUCGAGUUGGAAGGCCCAUUCUCAACGGAAAGCCUUCUAG